GUUUGAAUGAAGAUAAGGAAGAAGAGGUGGGGAAGUUGGUGAGGGAGGGGGUGAUCUAGUAAAUAUCAUGUACCUCACCAGCUCAGAUCGCAUAGAGGCUGCUAAGCUCUAUGGGCCAAGCGCUUUGAGUGAAGCCAUUCCUAAGAAGCCGAGGAAGAAGUUAAGGACUUCAACUAAUGAGGUAAGUGGGGUGGGAGCUGGGAAGGAGUUGGUGCCUAGCACCUCGAUUGGAGUUCAAGAGGUGGGACCUAGGCUAGAGUUGAAGAGGAAAGGCAGUGAGAAGCUAGGAGCACUACAAAAGAAAAAGAAGGUGAUGGAGCAGGAGGUUGGGGGGAAUGAGGUACUAGAGUUCGUACCUUGGCCUCCUCCUAUUGAGCUUGAUCCUAAGCUGAAGGAGACUGAGGUUGAGGGGGUUGAGGUAAGGGCUCCUAGUAAAGGGAAAGGACUUGUUCCCCCUCUUUCCUUUCAAAGCAGCCUGUUUGACACGAAGAACACAACGGGGGCAAGGAGGUUUAUUAAUGCAACCUUCCCCGAAGUGGACAAGCGCCAAGCUAAGGAAGAGGUGCUGAGGUAUGCUGGGGCGACUGUGGUGAAGCACGCUCUGGAGCUGCAGAAGGAGAAGGAUGAGCUGGAGAAGAGGAAUAACGAGAUGCAGGAGGCGUUGGAUGAGGUGGUACCAGUAGUGAAGCAGCUUGAGGAGGAGAAGGAAUCUCUUAGCACCAAGCUCGAGGGGGUAGAGGAGAACGGUGAAAGUAUGUCAGCGGACUUUCGCCCUCAAAUUAAACUGAGGUGGGAUCACAAUGAAAAAGGACGCAUCAUUUUUCCUCUGAACUUUGACUUUGAGUUCGUAGUAGUGGAGGAAGAGGAAGCAGAGGUAGAAGGUGCUGAAGUUAAGGAGAGCCAAUCACCUCUACAAGUGAAGGUCUAUCCAGUUCCCUCUAAAGAAGAACAGCCUCCUCUUCCAGCAGAUCAAGAGCCACCUCAGCCACCUCCUCCAAUAAAAUAAUUAGGGAUUUUUGCUUUUUAAUUGAUGUUGUUAGAAUUUAAACAAUGAUUGAACAUUUUUGUAGUAUUUGUUAAGUAAUUUAAGGAAAAUUUUGAUUGUUUUUGAAUACUUGUUUUGUGUUUUAUUUGUUUUGAAUUAACAUAAGAACUAAGA